ACAGCUGGGAAGGGAGCAUUAAAGCAAAAGUAGUCGUCCCACAUGGUCGCGGUUUUUGGAAUUCGGAAUUAUUUGUAAUUUUUUUUAAACAAGUUGAGACAAAAUGACGGACAGCAGCGAAAUGAUGAGCAUGUCAUUGAUGACUGUGGAGGAGGAGACAGAGGUGUCGCCGACGGAAUCGAGGGCGACCGUGCCUCCGAUGGAACAGCCCACGGACAUGUCGGGGGUGACGAUGCCCCCGGACGGAGACGACGACGAGAUGGACAUCGACAGGGCUUUCAUACGUUUCGACUCCGACUCUGGUUCCGAUGAUUCAGACAAGAAGAGAGAGCUGAAAACCGAUGAUCACGCAGGCAGCAUCGUUGAUUUCGAAGAAAUUCUCAUGGACGCGUAUGAAGCCGGGCUCAAAGAGUUGAUCGUCAAUCCGUCCAAAAAUCAGGCUUUAAUCGAGGUUAUGGAAAAAAUGUGGGCCAUGCUAGGCGAUUACAGGAAGCACAUAGCCGAACGAGACGAAAGGAUCAAGUCGAAAGACGCGCAGCUCUUCAGACAGACCGAGCAGAUGUCGAGCAUGCCGGCGGUGCAGGAUGACAAAACGACAGAAAGGCUUAAAAAAUCCGAGAUAAUCGAUCUAAAGAGGCAGCUGGAUGCCGCUCAUAUCCGAGAACAGGAUCACCAGGAGACAAUAGAAUUUUUGAGAAAACAGAUCGACAAACUGGAAGACGACAUCAAUAAAAGGAACCGUGAUGAAGAAGACUUUGAUACUGAUUUAGCUGCUGUGGCAAAAAACAAAGAGACGAUGAGAAAGGAGAGGCAAAGGAUGAAGGGCUUGCUAACCGAAGCGACAGAAGCCGCAGAAAAAAUCAAAAUGGAAAAGGAAGAAUAUAUGAAUAUGUACAAAAACGCCAGUUCGCAGCUCGAAUCCGUUAGAGUCCAACUAAGCACGAAAAUAGGGGAAGUCGCCAGGCUUGAACAGCUCGUCGAGGCGAGCGAUAAAGAAUUGGUCGACGUCAGGUCCAAGUUAGAGCAGACUGGGAAGAACUUGGCGGUUAUCGCUUCGAAAAUGGAUGCUGCCAACUCGGCAAUGGAGGCACAGAAACAAAAGAACCAGCAGUUGACUCUGAGCAUAAACGAGUUGCAGUCCAUCAAUGACGACUAUCGCCUCAAGGAGACCUAUCUGAACGAGCAGGUGUACACGUUGAAGACCAAGCUGUACCAAGCGGAGGACGAGGUCGAAAUGAUGGGGAAACAGUUUAAGGUGCACGAUACCGAGUUGAGCAAGCUUAGGACGGAAGUUAAAAAGACGAAGGGCAUGCAAGACAAAUUCACAAAAAAGGCCUUAACCACAGAUGUCGAUAACGUGAGCAUAGGCUCCAGGUUUAAAGACCUCGAGGCAGAAUACAGGCUAAGAACGAGAGAAGUAACCAAUAAAGAGAAAGAGAUCACAGAACUGAACAAAAAGAUUCAUUCUAUGCUACAAGAAAGAACCACGCUCAUGAAACACAUCCUAAACGCUACAAAUUUGCAAAAAACCAACAUGAAACAGAUCAAAACGCAGACAGUGGCGUUACGCUCCAUGGAACUGGACGGGAUGGCGAUGAGGGAAGAAAUACGAGUCCAGAAAAAGACAAUCGAUAACUUAACCAAGCAAAAAAACAAGCUGGUGCUGGAAAAGUCUAUUCUGACUAAGAAGAUUUCGGACACUCUGGAAGAGGCCAGGCAAUUCAAGAUUCAAAUGUUUAAUCACAAGAAGGAAUUGGCCAAGAAAGAGCUUGAGCUGAAGCGAGAGAAGAACAACAUGGAAGCGCUCAAAGCAGAGAAAAGCCUUCUCUACUCUAAGCUUGAGGAGCAAAGGCACCUGUUCACAGAUUUGAAGACGAAAAUGAAAGUCGUCACACACCAGAUUGAACAACUCAAAGAAGAUAUACACGUUAAAGACGAACUGUUGACCAGGGAAGAAAUCGGUUCCAAGCGACUGCGAACUGAAAAGAACAGCAUCUCAUCUCAUCUAAAAACUUGUAAAGAGAAAAUCAAAUUCGCCUGCACGGUCAUCGAACAGCAGGAGGUCGAGAAGGUCAGCAUGGAAAGGCAGGCGAGUAUAAACAGAAGCGAAAUCAAUUCCCAGGCCAAGAAAUUGGAUCAGCUAUCCAGGAAUUACUGUAUGCUCAAUACCCAGCUUGACCGCAGGACGGUCGAGUUGAGUCUCCUAUACGAAAAGAUAGCUUUGAUGAACAAGAUCUUGAAGCAGGGCGAAAUCCAGUAUAAUUACCGGCUGGAUGACAUCAGACUUCUUAAAUUGGAAGUCAAAAAAUUAAGGACGGAAAAAGCGAUUAUUAUGAAAGCUUUUGAAAACAUGGCCGACCUAAGACAUGAAAUCUACCAUUUGAAUAAGGAUCUAGCAGAGGAAAGGCAAAAAUCGCAGGCCCUCCAAGAAGAAAUGGAAACUCCGAUCAAUUACCAUCGCUGGAGACUGUUGGAGGGGUCUGACCCGGAGAAAAAAGACCUAAUAGACAAACUGCGUAUGACCCAGAAGAAACUUUUCAGGGAGACGGAGCGAAAGGCCUUGCAAGUGGAGAAGUUCAGAAACCUCGAAGUCAUGUAUGCCAAUCUUAAGAAAUACAUGGAAACUCUGCCCGGGCCUGAAGUCAGCCAAACUUUGGAGCUUACAAGGCGAGCCCUUAGGGAGAAGAUCAACGAAAACAAGCUAUUUUCAGCGGAACUCUCGGCUUACCAGGGCGAAAUAGAAGAGUACAAAUACAUAAUCGAAAAGACAAAAAAGGAACUGGAUGAAUUCAAGAACAAAUAUUACAAUCUGAAAUCCAAGAGGGGGUGCCCGAUGAACGAGUCGCAUGCCACUUCGCUAAAGACGAACCUCAUGUCACAGUCUAACAUGGAUAAAUCUGUCAGGAACGUGGUGACUUUAGUUCCUGGCAUCAGUGAACUCGAAAAGUCUCCGGACAAUAAAGACCAAGAUAUGUGAGACAUGAAACAGAUUCUUACGUGAGAACGGAAUAAUUUGUCAUGAUAACUACCGAUUUAUACUACUUUUCUUCAGGACGGUUGUAAUGUGUUAGAAUUUCCUAUCUGUCUAUAAAUAUGAAUAAAAUCGUACUGUCCACUACUA